GGAACUCCGGAAGAGGAGAGAUUACUCUUGGAAGUGGGUCUUUUACAGAAAAAAAAUCCGAGAGAGAGAGAGAGGAGAAUACACAUUGGAGACUCUUUUUCAAAUAGGGAAGAGCCACAAGCAACAUCGGAAGCUACCUGAAGUCCAUGAGGAGUCCCUCACUGCCCAACUCCAUAAAAAGAACGAGUGGGGUCAGAAAUCUAGACUUUCUUGGCUUAAACAAGGAUAUCAGUGCACUAAAGAUUUUCACAGGAAAUGCAGAGAAAGAAGGGCUAUCAAUUCAAUCACGAUGUUGCAGAAUGAUGAAUCCCAAGUCACUAUGGAUCAAGAGGUGAUUAGAUCGUGGGUUGUUGACUUUUAUUCUAAGCUAUAUACUGGAAUUCCUACUGAAGAUUUGCCUUCAUGUCAUCCUAAGAAGAGGAUCAAUGAGCUAGAGAUGGAGAUGCUACAAGCAGAAGUCUCGAGAGGAGGAGAUCGGAAAUGUAUUGGGAAUUAUGAAUGCAAGGGACCGUACAGGGGAGAAGGUCCAGUAGGCAUUAAGGGGAAGACUGUUUUGAACAGCAAUACUGGAAAUUGGAGAGCAUGCCCUUUCAUUCUCGGUACUGAAUGUUGUGAACGUUUAGCCUUCUAUGGGGUUGCCAUGAAUCUUGUUAGUUAUCUCAUAAAAAAUUUACACAAAGGAAAUGUCUCUGCUGCAAGAAAUGUUAUCACUUGGGGAGGCACUUGCACCCUUACACCCCUUAUUGGAGCCUUCUUUGCAGAUGCAUAUUGGGGACGAUAUUGGACAAUUGCGGCCUUCUCCACAAUUUACUUCAUCGGAAUGUGCACAUUGACUCUCUCAGCAUCAGUCCCUGCUUUUAAGCCUUCUAAAUGUGUGGAUUUAGAAUGCCCUUCUGCUACUCCUGCUCAGGAUGCAAUAUUCUUCUUUGCGCUAUACCUUAUUGCACUUGGAACUGGCGGGAUUAAACCAUGUGUUUCAUCCUUUGGGGCAGAUCAGUUUGAUGACACUGAUCCUAAAGAGAGAGUAAAUAAAGGAUCCUUCUUCAAUUGGUUUUAUUUUUCUAUCAACAUUGGUGCUCUUGUAUCAAGUAGUUUAAUAGUGUGGAUUCAAGACAAUGUUGGGUGGGGCCUAGGGUUUGGCAUUCCUGCAUUGUGUAUGGGCAUUGCUAUUGUAAGUUUUUUUUCAGGCACAGCUCUCUAUAGAUUUGAAAAACCAGGGGGAAGUCCUCUUGUAAGAAUGUGUCAGGUCUUGUUUGCAUCAAUCCGCAAGUGGAAUUUUGAGGUCCCUACUGACAGUAGUAUCCUGUACGAGACACCAGACAAAAUCUCAGCAAUUGAAGGAAGCCGGAAGCUUGACCAUACUGAUGAGUUUAAGUGCCUUGAUAAAGCUGCUGUAGUCUCGAGUGCUGAAAGCAAAACUGGGGGCUUCUGCAAUCCUUGGAGGCUUUGCACUGUAACUCAGGUGGAGGAACUGAAGAUUUUGAUCCGCAUGUUUCCUGUCUGGGCUACUGGAAUUGUAUUUGCUGUUGUUCAAGCCCAAAUUACAAUGUUUGUGGAACAAGGAAUGAUGAUGGAUAGAACUGUUGGUUCCUUCACUGUUCCUGCGGCUUCCCUUUCAACCUUUGAUAUCAUCAGUGUUAUGUUGUGGGUUCCGGUCUAUGAUAGGGUCCUUGUUCCAAUUGCACGGAAUUUUACUGGCAAAGAGAGGGGCUUCUCAGAGUUACAACGGAUGGGAAUCGGCCUCUUCAUUUCGGUCUUGUGUUUGUCGGCUGCUGCUUUGGUGGAAAUGAAACGACUGGAGCUUGCAAGAGACCUUGGUUUGGUUGAUAGAGAUAUUGCAGUGCCACUCAGUAUCUUGUGGCAAAUACCCCAAUAUUUCUUGUUGGGGGCGUCAGAGGUAUUUAUGUGUGUCGGGCAGCUGGAGUUCUUCUAUGAGCAAUCGCCGGAUGGAAUGCGGAGCUUGUGUAGUGCAUUGUCACUUCUGACAAGUUCCCUGGGCAGAUACUUGAGCUCCUUUAUUCUGACUACAGUGACAUCUAUAACGGCGACAUCAGAAAAGGACGGGUGGAUAAGUGAUAACUUGAAUGGGGGCCAUCUUGAUUAUUUCUUCUGGCUUUUGGUCGGAUUCAGCAUAUUGAACAUGGUGGUGUACAUCUUCUGUGCCAAAAUGUAUAAACAGAAGAAAGCCUCUUAAGAUCAUCUGCGCGGCGGCGAUGGAAUGAUUCCACUUGGAUGAGAAACUGUGGACUUAUUGUCAGUGUGUGCUGGAAUUCCAAUAUAUGUUAGUAACUCAAAUUAAUUAAGAAAAUAUUGUUUGUAUCAUAAAUGUAUAGGGGAGAACAUUUGUUUGCCUGUAACAUUUAUUAAUAAACACGAAGGAUAUUGUUUCUGUGUUGUGUUGUAAAUUUUUUAAAUAAUGUGAGGAUUAUGAUGAAGAAA